CGAAGUACAAAAACCUACCUUGGCAGGUACAGAUCAAGCUUCGUUCAUCCUUUGUUUUCCUUUUCCCCUCCACUGAUUUCUUCAUAUCUCAUCUUGGAGAAGAGAAACAUCAUCAUGCCGGUAAUUGGCCUGGGUGAAUCCAUCCCUUCUGAUACAGCACAUGCUGUCAGUGUCUCUCUUCCAACUUGGAAAGCCAAUGUCGGAUACGAAGAGGGUGAAGAUUGGGUAGUGAACCGCAUGACUACAGGCUACCCUCGCUUUUUUGUUCACAGAGGCAUCCAGGCUUUUGCCAAAGAAAUCGUGGAUCGUUAUGGCAGUCCUGGCCAGCAAGCCAUGCUCUUUCCUACGCCGCGAGUAGCGAAGCGGUGUCUGGAUUUUAUAGUCCAACGGAUCUCCCCUGAGCUGGCGAGUCAGGUCCGCAUCUUCGACUUUGCUCUUGACAAGUCAAAGGAGCUCUCUCCUGUAUUGAAGAAACUCACCUCCACCAUCUCUGCUGUGCUUUACCCCUCUGAUGUAUUUCCUGUUGCAAAACAGUACUGGCAACAUACUGGAGAGGGUACUUCCAGCAGGCGUGCUGAGUUUUGUCAUGGUCUCUUCAAUGAUGAUCUUCUUAUCCCGGCUGCCCGGACCCCUCCCGAGGCUGUUCAAAGCAGGCCCUUCCGUGGUCCAAGACGCUACACUCGCCCUGGCUCAAUCGAUGGUGUUUCUUCUCCAGUACCUACGGCACCUAAACGAACUUCCCCAGAGAAUCCAGUGGAGUCUAUUGAGAGUUCGACGUUCCUCGAGGAACGUUUUGGUAGAAAUCUUGACCUGUCCAUGGUUGAGCGUGCCAAGUCUGCGAUUCGUAGACGUAUUGCGGGUGCUAUGGCUCACGAGGUAGACAUGAACAACGGUCCGCUACCAGCCAUGACAUCCAACACUCGCGGCAUACCCAGCCUCGAAGAGACCGACGUCUACCUUUACCCUGCCGGCAUGAACGCCAUCUUCAAUGCCCAUCGUGCGCUGCUUCAUGCAAGAGAGCCGGCCGAAAGCAUUAAUUUUGGUUUCCCUUAUGUCGACACGCUCAAAAUUCUCCAGAAGUUUGGUCCCGGCUGUCUCUUCUACGGCCAUGCAUCGCCUGAAGACCUUGAUGAUCUGGAGGCACGAUUGAAAAAGGGCGAGCGAUACCUAGGCCUCUUCUGCGAGUUCCCUGGAAACCCCCUCUUGACAUGUCCUGACCUUACCCGUAUCCGCAAACUUGCCGAUGAGUACGAUUUUGCUAUCGUAAUUGACGAAACAAUAGGCACAUUUGCCAACAUCAACGUCCUCCCCGUUGCAGACAUUGUUGUCAGCAGCUUGACCAAGAUUUUCUCCGGCGAUUCCAACGUUAUGGGCGGAGGUCUUGUCCUCAACCCUGAUAGCAAGUACUAUCGAGCGCUCAAGGCAGCCAUGGAGGAAAUCUACGAGGAUAAUUACUGGCCUGAGGAUGUUGUCUUCAUGGAAAGGAACAGCCGCGAUUAUGAAUCUCGCGUGGUACGCACCAACGCGAACUCCGACGCCAUUUGUGAGGUGCUGCGGAAUCAUCACCUUGUAAAGCGGAUAUACUACCCCAAAUCCAAUGAUUCCAGGGAGCACUACGAAAAGGUCCGGCUCCCCGAUGGAGGAUAUGGCGGUCUACUAUCUGUUGUGUUCCAACGCAAGGAGUACGCCCAGGCGUUCUUCGACGCCUUGCCUCUGGCCAAGGGGCCGAGUUUAGGAACCAACUUCACACUGGUAUCCCCGUAUGUUCUCCUGGCACAUUAUCAAGAACUAGAGUGGGCCGAGUCAUUUGGCGUCGACCCGUAUCUUAUCCGUGUCAGCGUUGGAUUAGAAGACACUACUGAGCUUGGUGACAUAUUCACAGACGCCUUGAAGGCAGCCGAAGCCGUGACAGUUACAGGCUGACGAUGAAGUAAUAUCAAAAGCGCUGUUCCGCUUUGCACAUAUUAUUUCUAUAGAGAGCUGAUGCUAUCUACCGUUAUGCACGGUACAAUCUACUACACAAAUGCAAAGAAUCUAAUUAGCCAAAUUCAUGGUCCGUUUUAGUCAGAAACAAUAGAAACCUCACCUGGCCUUUUCCUAUUGCUAAUUCCAAAGUCUAUUCAAAUUCCAAUCGCUCAAGUAUGCUGUAGUAUUUGUGGCGGCCGUAUCAUGUCAUGUCGUGUACCAGAGCUCCUGACAGCUCACAUUAUGCAACAUUCCUGGUGGACAUAACCAGGUCCAUAAUCCUCAAUACCCCGCUCAAUCUCAUUUGCCCUCUCUUUUUCUUUUACUUCUUUUGCAAAGUACUUCUUCAUGUACUUUUGAAGUUCGUAGUCAAGGUUCAUGGCCGAAGCCUUCAAAACGACGUCUGCUCUACACAAUGGGCAAUGCUUCUCCUUUCGACGUUGGAUCUUGAUGACGCAGCGAAUGCAGAAGACAUGUUGGCAGUCUAGACGGACUGGCAUAUAUGCCACCGAGAAACAGACUGGGCAAAGGUAAUCAUUGAGCUGAGGAACUUUGGAGACAAGCUCUUGCGACAUUUGUGCGCAGACGUCCCGGGCGAUAGUGCCUGCUAGGAGCUUGUCAGAGUGAACGACGGUAGGAAACUUCCUUGCGA